AAAAAUAAAAGAGAUUUUUCCAAAUUUGCGUGCUCAAGUCUCUAAGCCCACGGGCCCACAAUUUACUCUCCACGUCAAGUCAUCGCCCUUUCAGUUUCUGAGCAACAUAACAGUUGCAGCAGUAAUACCAGCAGCCAGUAAGCAAAGCAAAGCAACAGACAGAAAAUGGAAAUGAGAAAGCAACUCAAAACGACACCGUAAAAGAAAACCACAACAAGAAGAAUUCGAAGAAGAAGAAGAAGAAUUCGAAGAAGAAGAAGAUGAUGAUGAGGAACAACAACAAAGUCGUCAACAACGUGAGGCGAAGUCCUCUGGCCACGCGCGGGGGAAGUAGUGUGCCGCACGCGCCGCCGCCGCCGCAGCCGCCAAUGGGAGAUGUGUACAAUAUAAUCCCAAUCCAUGACCUCCUGACGGACCACCCGUCGCUGCGGUACCCGGAGGUACGCGCUGCCUCCGCCGCUUUGCGGACCGUCGGCGACCUCCGGAAGCCGCCGUUCGUGGAGUGGAGGCAUGGCUACGACCUCCUGGACUGGCUCGGCCUCUUAUUCGGCUUCCAAAACGACAACGUUCGCAACCAGAGGGAGCAUCUCGUCCUCCACCUCGCCAACUCCCAAAUGCGCCUCCAGCCCUCGCCGGCGACCCCCGACGAACUCCAGCCCUCCGUCCUCCGCCGAUUCCGCCGCAAAAUCCUCCAAAACUACACUCUUUGGUGCUCCUACCUCGGCCGGAAGUCCAAUGUCCGCCUCUCCAGUCGCCGCGACAGCGGUGAUGUCCGGCGCGAGCUGCUCUACGUCGCGCUCUACCUUCUAAUUUGGGGCGAGGCCGGGAAUCUGAGGUUCGUUCCUGAAUGUAUUUGCUAUAUCUACCACCAUAUGGCGAUGGAGCUCAACUACGUCCUCGACGAGCAGUACAUCGACCGGGACACGGGCAGGCCCUUCCUGCCUUCGAUUUCCGGCGAGUGCGCGUUCCUGAAGAGCGUGGUGAUGCCGAUUUACCAGACGAUUAGCAUGGAGGUCGAGAGCAGCCGGAACGGCAAGGCGCCUCACUCGGCGUGGCGGAACUACGACGAUAUUAACGAGUAUUUCUGGAGUCGGAGGUGCUUCUCCAGGCUGAAAUGGCCGUUGGAUUUUACCAGCAACUUCUUCGCCACCACCCCGAAGAACAGGCGGGUCGGGAAGACCGGGUUCGUGGAGCAGAGAUCGUUUUGGAAUGUGUUCAGGAAUUUUGAUAAGCUUUGGACUAUGUUGUUACUGUUUUUGCAGGCUAUGAUCAUCGUUGCUUGGCCGGAAAAGGAGUUUCCAUGGAAGGCAUUGGAGAGCAGGGACGUGCAGGUGGAGCUGCUCACGGUGUUCAUCACCUGGAGCGGCCUCCGGCUUCUCCAAUCGGUGCUCGACGCAGGGACUCAGUACAGCUUGGUUUCGAGGGAGACAAUGUGGCUUGGUGUUAGGAUGGUGCUGAAAAGCUUGGUUGCCUUGACAUGGACUAUUGUGUUUUCGGUGUUCUACGGGAGGAUUUGGACUCAGAAGAAUUCCGAUUCGGGGUGGUCUGAUGAAGCCAAUAAGAGGAUAAUCACUUUUCUUGAGGUUGCUUUUGUUUUUGUAACUCCAGAAUUGCUUGCAUUGGUUCUCUUUGUGGUUCCUUGGAUUAGAAACUUGAUUGAAGAGUUGAAUUGGAGGAUAGUUUCAUGGUUGACAUGGUGGUUCUAUACCCGGAUUUUCGUCGGGCGUGGCUUGAGGGAAGGGCUUGUUGAUAACAUCAAGUACACGGUUUUCUGGAUAAUGGUGUUGGCUUCAAAGUUUACAUUUAGUUAUUUCCUGCAAAUCAAGCCUCUUGUUGCCCCAACAAAGGAUCUUGUGAAGCUUAAAGGCCGAUACAAUUGGCACGAGUUCUUUGGUACUACUAACGAGAUAGCGAUUGUGUUGCUGUGGCUUCCUGUUGUGUUGAUUUAUCUGAUGGAUUUGCAAAUAUGGUAUGCCAUAUUCUCUUCCAUGGCUGGUGGGAUAAUUGGGCUUUUUUCCCAUCUGGGUGAGAUUCGAAAUAUCGGACAGCUUAGGCUCAGGUUUCAGUUCUUUGCUAGUGCUAUGCAAUUCAAUCUCAUGCCUGAAGAGCAGGUACAGCGUUCCGACAUGUCAAUGGUGAAGAAGCUCCGUGAUGCCAUCCAUAGAUUGAAGCUGAGAUAUGGACUUGGCCAAGCCCACAAAAAGAUCGAGUCGAGCCAAGUUGAAGCCACCAGGUUUGCAUUGAUAUGGAAUGAGAUUGUGAUAACUUUUAGGGAAGAAGAUUUAAUUAGUGAUAGGGAACAGGAGCUGUUGGAAUUGCCGCCGAAUGAUUGGGGUAUUAGAGUUAUUCGUUGGCCUAUUUUCCUGCUAUGCAAUGAGUUAUUGCUUGCUCUUAGUCAGGCAAAGGAGCUGGCAGAUGAGCCUGACUGGUCGCUUUGGUUUAAGAUAUGCAAGAAUGAAUAUCGGCGCUGCACCGUCAUUGAAGCUUAUGAUAGCAUCAAGGCUUUGCUAUUCAAGGUUGUUAGGUAUGGCAGUGAAGAGUACUUGAUCAUUACGAAUUUUUUCAAAGAGAUAGAUGACUGCAUUCAGAGAGGAAAGAUCACGGCGGAGUACAAGAUGUCUUCACUUGAAAAAAUUCAUGCCAAGUUGAUUUCACUUAUUGAGCUGUUGCUGCAACCAAAGAGAGAUAUAAAUAGGGCAGUGAAUUUGUGGCAAGCCUUGUAUGAGCUUUCGGUUCGAGAAUUACCAAAGGUGAAGAGGUCCAUUGAACAGUUGAGGCGGGAAGGGUUGGCUAGUGUCGCUACGGAAAAUGAUGCAGGUUUGCUGUUUGAAAAUGCUGUUGAGUUUCCUGCGGCUGAUGAUGCAGAUUUCUACAAGCAGCUACGGCGCGUCCAUACAAUACUCACUUCCAGAGACUCCAUGUACAAUGUCCCAAGUAACAUUGAAGCAAGAAGGCGCAUUGCUUUCUUCAGCAAUUCUCUUUUCAUGAACAUGCCCCGCGCUCCGGUUGUUGAGAAAAUGAUGGCUUUCAGCAUUCUGACGCCUUACUAUGAUGAGGAUGUAAUAUUCAAACUAGAAGCGCUUCGGACAGACAAUGAAGACGGCGUUUCCACGUUGUUUUAUCUGCAGAAGAUUUAUGAAGAUGAGUGGAAGAACUUCAUGGAGCGAAUGCGCAGAGAGGGCCUGGAGGAUGACAAUGAUAUAUGGGAUGCAAAGCCAAGAGAGCUCCGACUCUGGGCAUCGUAUAGAGGCCAGACGCUUUCUCGCACUGUUAGAGGAAUGAUGUACUAUUAUAGGGCCCUUAAGAUGCUUGCCUUUCUUGAUGAUGCGUCUGAGAUGGACGUAAGAGAUGGGUCGCAUCAAAUUGCCUCUCAUGGUUCAUCAAAGCAAAAUAGAGGUUUGGAUGGUCUACAGCCACCUUCACGGAAACUCAGCAGAGCCGUUACUGGUGUAAGUCUUUUGUUUAAGGGGCAUGAGUAUGGGAGGGCUCUAAUGAAAUUCACAUAUGUGGUUACAUGCCAACAGUAUGGCCAACACAAGGCAAAGAGAGAUUCCCGGGCUGAGGAGAUCUCAUACUUGAUGAAAACCAACGAGGCUCUUCGAGUUGCUUAUGUUGAUCAGGUUAACUUGGGUAGGGAUGAAGUUGAGUAUUACUCUGUUCUCGUGAAGUAUGAUCAGCAGCUGGGAAGGGAAGUAGAGAUUUAUCGGAUCAGGUUGCCUGGUCCCUUGAAGGUUGGUGAAGGCAAACCAGAAAAUCAGAACCAUGCUCUAAUCUUCACUCGGGGUGAUGCACUCCAAACCAUUGACAUGAACCAAGACAACUAUUUUGAGGAGGCGCUCAAGAUGCGGAACUUGUUGGAGGAAUUUAAGGCCAAUUAUGGUCUUAGAAAGCCAACCAUUUUGGGUGUCCGUGAGAACGUCUUCACAGGUUCUGUGUCCUCACUUGCGUGGUUCAUGUCUGCCCAGGAAAUGAGUUUUGUGACCUUGGGCCAGCGUGUUCUGGCAAACCCUUUAAAGGUGAGAAUGCAUUAUGGUCAUCCAGACGUGUUUGAUAGAUUCUGGUUCUUGCCUCGUGGUGGUAUUAGCAAAGCUUCUAGAGUAAUCAAUAUCAGCGAGGAUAUAUAUGCCGGCUUCAAUUGCACCCUUCGAAGGGGCAAUGUGACACACCAUGAAUAUAUACAGGUGGGCAAGGGGAGAGAUGUUGGGAUGAAUCAGAUCUCAAUGUUUGAAGCUAAGGUUGCAAGUGGGAACGGCGAGCAGGUCUUGAGCAGAGAUGUGUACCGGUUGGGUCAUAGACUAGAUUUCUUUCGAAUGCUUUCAUUUUUCUACGCUACUGUAGGGUUCUAUUUCAACACAAUGAUGGUGAUACUGACUGUGUAUACUUUUUUGUGGGGCCGCCUUUAUCUUGCUCUUAGCGGGGUCGAGAAUGUAGCUAGUCAGAAUUCCAGCAACAAUAAAGCCCUUGGCUCAGUCUUGAACCAGCAGUUUAUUAUACAGAUCGGUCUAUUCACUGCCCUCCCAAUGAUUGUUGAGAACUCCCUUGAACAUGGCUUCCUUCCAGCAGUUUGGGAUUUCCUGACAAUGCAGGCACAGCUUGCAUCGCUUUUCUACACAUUUUCCAUGGGAACUCGCACCCAUUUCUUUGGCCGGACUAUUCUUCACGGGGGUGCAAAAUACCGGGCAACUGGACGUGGUUUUGUGGUGCAGCACAGGAGUUUCGCGGAGAACUAUCGACUUUAUGCUCGAAGCCAUUUUGUCAAGGCCAUCGAGCUUGGGGUUAUUUUGACCGUGUAUGCCUCGCAUAGCCCCAAGGCUCGCAAUACUUUUGUUUACAUUCUCCUGAAUAUCUCCAGCUGGUUCCUUGUAGUGUCUUGGGUACUGGCUCCUUUCGUGUUCAACCCUUCUGGAUUUGAUUGGCUGAAAACAGUAGACGACUUUGAAAAUUUCAUGAAUUGGCUAUGGUAUACUGGCGGGGGGUUUACAACCGCUGAUCAGAGCUGGGAAAAAUGGUGGUAUGAAGAGCAAGAUCACCUGAGAACAACUGGUCUUUGGGGAAAACUUUUGGAGAUUAUCUUAGAUCUUCGUUUCUUCUUCUUCCAGUAUGGUGUUGUGUAUCAGCUAGGCAUUGCUGAUAGUAACACCAGUAUAGUUGUUUAUUUGCUGUCUUGGAUAUUCAUGGUUGUGGCUGUUGGAAUUUAUAUGAUCGUAUCAUUUGCCCGUGACAAAUAUGGUGUAAGGGAGCAUAUAAAGUACCGGCUUGUUCAGCUUCUUGUCAUUAUGGUUUUAGUACUUGUGGUGGUUCUGUUUCUGAAGUUCACUAAGUUCAAAUUUCUUGAUAUCGCCACGAGUAUGUUGGCGUUCAUCCCCACAGGGUGGGGCAUCAUAUUAAUAGCGCAAGUUCUUAGACCAUUUUUGCAGUCUACGAUGGUGUGGGAGACGGUGGUUUCGGUGGCUCGGUUGUAUGACAUGCUGUUUGGAAUUAUUGUCAUGGCUCCUAUGGCAUUGCUUUCAUGGUUACCUGGAUUUCAGGCAAUGCAGACCAGGAUCUUAUUUAAUGAAGCAUUUAGCAGGGGACUUCAGAUUUCACGUAUUAUUACGGGCAAAAAGUCCAACUGAGAUGCAAGUAGAGGGAGUGGAAUUCAUUUUAGAAGACUUAGUAGAUGGGCCAAAUUCCAAUGACCAAAGAAGCAUUUUGUAUGUAAUUGCUGUUGCAGCUGAAGUUUGAUAUCUGGUUUUCACUUCAUCAUCAAUUUCAUUGCCCUUAUUUGGCUGUUCAUACUUCAAUUCCCUCUAGAGAUAUUGUUGUACAACUGGGUACUGACAUUGACAGAAAUAGGCAUGAGGUGUGGAGCAUGUUGUUUUUGAUAGCCGUCUUCUGGUCGUGUAAAUAUUGUCCAUAUCUCAAGGUAGCUUCUAGGCUUCUCAAAAUCAUUUAUUGACUACUAUAAUCUCUUGUUGUUCUCUUCAUUCGUUGUAAGCUGUUAGCUAGUUACUACUGAUACACAAUCAGAUAGCACAGAUGUUUAUUCUGUGCAGUUUUAUGAAGAGAAAAUUUUGUUGUUCCCUUUCACAGAUUUAAGAUUCCAUUUCAGUUUGUGCCUCAAAAUUCUCAUGUUCCACAACCAUUUGCACUAAUUUUGUGAAAAAGAAUAUUGUAAUGAAGAUCAUAAUGAUGUUGGUAAGAUUCAAGUAUCAUAUUAUAG